AUGGAAAGCCUGUCGGAUGACGACGUGAAAUAUCUCACGGGUCAUUUUAUUUCGGAAUUCAAUGCUAUUUUUUGUUUUACCGUUAAGAAUCAAUUGGACGCGGAUUGGCCAUUCCAAAAUCUACCACUAAAGGCACAGCUAUUACUUACGCUCAUUAAAUAUAGAUUAAAUUUUGAUUUUAGUUUUCUUGGCAUCAUGUUCAAAAUUCAUUACAGUAGCGUUUCAAAAAUAUUCAAGUAUUGGACAAUAUUAUUGAGUGUCAAAUUUAAUAAGGUCGAUUUUGGGGGGAUGAGAGUAAGUGAGGAAAAUUUGUACACGGUUAUAUUAGACUGUACAGAAAUACCAAUACAAAAGCCUACGUCGCCGGAAGAGCAACAGGCGACAUGGUCCAGCUAUAAAAACUGCAAUACUUUUAAAUCUCUAAUCGGAAUUGAUGAGGCCGGAACUGUUACAUUUGUUUCUACACUCUACGGAGGAGCAGCUUCCGAUAACGUUAUUGUGGCCAAAUCAGGAAUAAUACAGAAAAUGAAAGAAGGAGAUUGUAUACUGGCUGACAGAGGAUUUGAUGCUACGGAUUUGCUAGCUGAAAAGGGUGUUAUUUUAAAUAAACCGCCGAGAAAAAAUGGGAGUCAGAUGAAAGAAAACGAGGUGGCGCAAACCAGAGCUAUUGCAAAAAGAAGAAUUAAUGUUGAACGAGUUAUUGGUUUAGUUAAGAGAAAUAGAAUUUUAGCUCAAAAAGUUCCUCAAAGUCUUUUUGAGCUUAUGCCGCGGAUUUUCAAGUUGUUAUUUUGGUUAGUUAAUAUUAAAAAAUCUAUUUGUAAAUCAGUUGAUGGAAAUUGUAAGUGUUGUGUGUGA